AUUAAUUAUCAAUAAAUUAAAUAAACUAGCUGUCUUUCUUAUUAUGUAACAAGGCGCUAAAAAUUUCACAUCAUUACGCUGAAGCAGGCAGUUGGCAGGUCGUGACUGGCGUCCACGUUGCCAGUGAGUGUUGGCAGUAUGAAGCAGAAAAAUGGCGGCAAAAUGUAGUGCUUGAUUUUGCGCGUACUUGGUACGUAGUUACAUACCGGUAUAUACUUUACUAGAUGGCUUCUAUCUUCGGUGAUGAUGGGGUUGAUGACCUUUUUAACGAUAACAUUGGCCCAAGUCAAGUCGAAGAUGACUUGCCCGGCGAUAACGAAAAUUGGGACGCAGAUGUCGGCGCUGGUGAAAACGAAAAGCCCGAUGAAGAUCCGCAAAUAGCAGAGGGUGACGAAAAGGGCCUGAAAGUAGAGGCAAAGAAGCGCACAGUACGAAAUCCACGUCCCCGUCUGACUGUGGACAAGUUGUUGGGUCCGCGUGGCCUGCACACUAUUGAAGAGUACUUCAAAGAUAUCAACUUUAAGGGCAAAGGCUACGAGAAAAGCGAUCUGGAUGAAGUCUUGCGCCGCCUGCAACACUGGGGUCAUCGAAUGUAUCCAAAUUAUACGUUCGAUGACGUUUUGAACAAUAUCGAGCGCCUGGGUAAAAAGAAGCAACUGCAGGUUCAUAUGACACGUUAUCGUUUGGGCCAAAUCAGUGCUAGUACAAUAACGGAGGAGCUCGUUGAUGAUCCAAACGAUGAGGAUAAUAACGUUGGUGCUGUUGAGGAGCCAUUUGAUGAAUUCGAUGCAUUGCUCGGCGAACAGAUCGCCAUGUCGAAACUCGCGCCCCACACUCCCUCGAAUCAUCACCGCAGCUUUGGCGGCAACACCACGUCUACUAGCACUAUGCUAGCGACCCCCUCAUUUUCUCGCAAUGCUGUUGUCUCCACUCCAUACUCUACUAUAGGCAGUCCCGCCGUGGCAAGAAAUGCCUGUGGUGCUGACGACUUCAGCCACUAUGCGCGUCCAUUAGCGCCAUCUCAGCCGCAAACACCAGCUUCGAAGCAACUAUCUGCAGAUCAAAUGGCCCGCAUUGCAGAAAACCGACGACUAGCUCAGGAAAGACUGCUCGCCAAGCAAGCUGCUGCUGACGCUAGCUAGUGAUAAGGCCAGUAUUUGUAGAAAUAUUGAAAAGUUUAUUAAUAAUAAGGCUUAAGUUUAUGCAAAUAAAUUAGAUUCAUGCAUGAAUAUGAA